AAGGCAAGGAAAGGUGUUUCAAGGAAGCGCCGAGCCCUGAAUGCACAUAAAGGUCCCGUAUUAGGAAUCUACUCAGCCUGGGAAGGAAAGAGCUAUGCGCCGCAACCCAAGGUGCUUUCCUGGUCCUCUUCGGAGCUGCAUGCGCAGACCUCCUAGUGAAAAGAUGCAUGAAGCUCAGGGAAAAGCCAUCCAAGUGAAAGGGAAAGAGAGAAAGAGAUGGCAAAGAGUCAUGCCUAUUCAUUUGGUGAGAGAGGAGGCUAGGCGGAUGCCUCAAGGACAGCUGUCUGACAGCUCUGAAACUCUUGAGUUCCACGUGGGCAAGAAAAAGAGCCUUAUGAAACAGUUUAGGGCAACAAUGAGGAAGUUAUUCCCUUUCUAUCAAAGGGCAAGGAAGAAGGCCAAGCUCCAUGGUGAAGACGGCUCUCCAAAACCAGUGGUGUCUAAGACGACUUCUGUUCCCCCUAAGUAUCAUGCCUUUCCAAGGGCUAUUCGGGCCUUACCUUCUCCCAAAGUAUUUCCAACACUGAAAAGGAAGAAGCUUUUACGGAACGCAUCAAUUCAGCUGGAUGUAAACAUUGUGGAAGAACAUGCACAAAGCAUGCACGGGACAAACACAGUUGUGCAAGCAAGACGGAUGAUGCGCCGCAUCUCAGUGGUGUCUCUUCCACCUGGGAUCCGAAAGGUUUCCUAUUUGGCAAAAAAGAAAAAUUUCUCAGUGUUCAAAAAGAAGAAGAAAAGUAUGCCACCAGUAUGGUACCAUUCAGACAUAACACUAGGGAAGCUUCAAAUGCAGGUGGAUAAUCUCUUGGAUAACAUCAGUGAAAAAUCCAUCCAGCUAUUGGCUCUGAGAAGUGCAGAGCUGCAGCAGUGCGAGUCUUUGGGAGACAGGAUCCUGCAGUCUUCUAAGCAGUUCCAAAGGGUUUCCUUAAGAACCACAAAGAAGCAUAAAUGGAAAAACACAUGCUUUCCGUGUAAAUGCUGUUGCUAAUAUCCUUCUUUUUCUUUCUUUUGAAAAUAUUACUCAAGCUGAAAGUGAACCAUUUGCUGGGACGCUUCUAACAGCUGAUUAACUGUCUCAGUAAGGUCAAAGCAGAUUUAAGAUUUGAUGCUACUGCUAAAGCCAGCAGCAAUUCAUGUUUUUGCUAUUUCUUCCUUUUGUUGGCCUCCAUAUUUCUCAAGAGCCAAUGGAGUGCGCCUCCGGGGGGAAAGUCAAAUUGAAGUGACCUCCCUGGGGUGCAAGCCUGGGCAGAGUGUAUGGAGGUCCUGGGCUGCCCAGACAACAAGGCUCUUGGCCUCGCUGUUGUGGUCCAAAGGUUCUCUAUUUCACAGCUUCAAUAACCUGAGCUCAGAAGGCAAGAGUGUUCCUUUGUUUAUUGCUAACACCUCAAACGGCAACACAUGCAAGAUAUAUUUACGAGUUAUGCUUUAAGUGUGACCUGUUGGUUUUUGUGGUGACUAGAACAUACAUUACUCAACACUGGAAAUCAAACAGAAUCACCUGACAUUGCAGAAUGGAUUAAAAUAAUAUGGGAUAUAAGAUAAAGGUAAAGAGACCCCUGACCAUUAGGUCCAGUCGUGACCGACUCUGGGGUUGC